AUUUUAGGAAAGCGGCGGUGUGUGGAACGGGGCACCGCUGAAGGAUGUAGUUUUCUUUUGUGCAUGUAACUUCCUGAAGUCCGGGCGGAAGUCACUGCGCUCGAGCUCUUUGGUUUCUGACAGUUCAGAGGCCCUGGACCGUGGAGUUGAACUCUGUUAAACCUGUUUCUAGACAAAGCUCGAGAUCCCCGCACUGGACGGGGAGGUGGGCGGGGGUCGUGAGGUUAUCUGCGGAAUAGGUGUUGUGGACCUGUAUGAUUUGUUCAAGUGGAAUUGUCAUUAAUUAUCAUGGCUGAAAAUGGCAUAGACAGAAGUCAGACUGAGAAACUCCUAAAAAGAAUACAAGAACUGGAACAGGAGGUGCAACGACUUAAAAAGGAACAGAUCAAUAACAAGGACUCAAAUGUUAGAGGACACUCUUCUGGAGCUGGAAAGGCUAAGCGGACGUUUGAUUUCAGUGCUCACGGCCGAAGGCAUGUAGCCCUAAGAGUAGCUUAUCUCGGCUGGGGAUACCAAGGCUUUGCUAGUCAGGAAAACACAACCAACACCAUUGAAGAGAAACUGUUUGAGGCACUAACCAAGACUCGACUAGUAGAAAGCAGACAGACAUCCAACUAUCACCGGUGUGGACGAACGGACAAAGGAGUGAGUGCCUUUGGCCAGGUCAUUUCUCUUGACCUUCGUUCUCAAUUUCCAAUGGUCAGAAAUUCAGAAGACUGUAAUCUGAAAGAUGAAACCAGUGAUGCUGCUAAGGAGAUCCAUUAUACUCACAUCCUCAAUCGGGUGCUCCCUCCGGACAUCCGUGUCCUGGCCUGGGCCCCUGUAGAUCCUGGCUUCAGUGCCAGGUUCAGCUGUCUGGAGCGGACUUAUCGCUAUUUUUUCCCUCGUGCCGAUUUAGAUAUUGUAACCAUGAACUGUGCAGCCCAGAAGUACGUUGGCACGCAUGAUUUCAGGAAUUUGUGUAAAAUGGAUGUAGCCAAUGGAGUUAUCAAUUUUCGGAGAACUAUUCUGUCUGCUCAGGUGAAGUUAGUGGGUCAGAACCUGGGCGAGGAGAGAUGGCAAGAACCUUUCCAGUUAUGUCAAUUUGAAGUGACUGGCCAGGCAUUCCUUUACCAUCAAGUCCGUUGUAUGAUGGCUAUUCUCUUUCUGAUUGGCCAAGGAAUGGAGAAACCAGACGUCAUUGAUGAGCUGCUGAAUGUAGAGAAAAAUCCCCAGAAACCUCAAUAUAGUAUGGCUGUUGAAUUUCCUCUUGUCUUGUAUGAUUGUAAGUUUGAAAAUAUCAAGUGGAUCUAUGACCAGGAGGUUCAACAGUUCAAUGUCACCCACCUACAGCAACUAUGGGCCAAUCAUGCUGUCAAAACUCAUAUGUUAUAUAGCAUGUUACAGGGACUGGACUCUGUUGCAGUAUCUUGUGGGACAGGGCCAACUACGGAUGGAAUGACAGAAUGGAGAAAUGUUAAGCCCCCUGUCAUAAAACACACCAGUGCCUUUAUAGAAGGAGUGAAAAUGCGCACAUAUAAGCCCCUCAUGGAUCGUCCCAAAUGCCAAGGAUUGGAAUCCCGGAUCCAGCAUUUUGUACGUAGGGGACGCAUCGAGGAUCCACAAUUACUCCACAAGGAAGAAACCAAAGGCAAAAGGGACUGUAAUGACACACUAGAGGAAAAUGCUAUUUUUGAGAAUCCAACAAAGAAGAUCUGUGUUGAUACAGAAAUUAAAAGUAUUAUUUCAUCAUAGAAAAUCCACCAGGAUCUAGAAAGCAACAACCAGCCAGUGAUGGGAAGACAGAAAA